AUUGAUGGAAAAAUCGAGAGCGAAAGAGUGAAGAAGUGAUCUCGACUCUACUCUAGAAGAUUUCUCCGCUGCUAAAAAGGUAAGAAAAUCAUGGAUCCCAAUAAUCGUCAGAUCAUCCUCACUAACAGACACAAAGAUCAAUGUGUGAGAUGGGACUGUAGACGUCUCCCUCUACGACCUUUGGAGUAUUGCCAUGUGAGCUGCGAACAGAUGGCCACUUCCGAUGCACAAUCCACAGACCCGUUUUUGCUGUCGACCGUGUAUACUUCAACCAGUGAAUUCGCCCUCAUUGCUAACAAGAUUUUCAACUUGAUCAAGGCUGGAAAGGAGAGCGGAGUUCCUCGACUCUCCCAUCAAGUGUUCCAAAACCCUCCUUGGCUGUCAAGUAUGUUCACUUUCGAGUUUUUUGAUUGGGAAGACUUUCGCCAGUGGUUGUUCAUUGGAUCGUCUCAGAUUCCUGCAGCUUCUGGUUUCAAAUGGGUUGAAGAUCGUAGCAAGGUCUAUGAUGGAGUCAGGCAUUGCGUUCUCAAGCCUUCUCCCAGGGAAGACAACAGGUGGAAACUCCACCAGUAUUCAAGCUUGGAUCCGAUGGAAAACGCUAUCUACGUGAUGUAUUGCAAGAAAGUUGACGAACCACUAUCAGCAGCGGAGGAGGAUGAGGAGGAUGAGGAGGAUGAGGAGGAUGAGGAGGAUGAGGAAUCUGACAGUGAUUGAUUCAAGCGGUUGUAGGUGAAACUGGAGAGUCAAGUUUAGACACCAUGCUUUUAAAAUGUUUUCAACUUUUAAGUGAUGACGUGACAUCUUUCAGAAGCCAAUAGUAAUUAAAAUCGUAUGAAUUUUGGCCAAAGCUAGCAUCUGUUGAAGAUUUCGUCAAGUUAAUAAACAAUUUAAGUGGAA